CCUCUGAGCCGGCGAGUGCAACGUCCGCACGUCUUGCAGCGUGUGACGUGAGGAUGUACACGUCGGCGAGCCGGAUGUGCAAGAUGGCGGCGCUGCCGAGUUACGCUUAGCUGGUUCCCUGCCGGUGGGAGCAGCGAGUGGAUCUGUGUGCGGGCACCGAGCGCUUCGGAGAAGGAGUUUCAUUGAUCCUGGAGUUUUGUUUCCGGAGACAGAGAGUCGCCAGUUAAGGACGGAGAUGCAGCCCCCUCCCCAAGCUGGGCCUCCAGGCAUGGGCGGGCCCCCUCGCAUGGGAAUGGGCAAUAAUGCCUACUGGCGCAAAAGGGGACCCAAUCCUGUAUCAUCCGCUUCUACAUCGGUGCAGCCAGUGACCGACCCUUUUGCCUUUGGCCGGAUGACCCCACAAAGUAUGGCGCAGGGCAGUGCCCCGACAGGAAACCCACUGAUGGCACCGAGUCCGUCCCCGUCGAUGUACCCUCAGCCCGUUCCUGUACACGGAUCAGGGGCCGGAGACCAAGGGCAUGUGUCUCCCCCAUCACUAGUAGGAGCCGUACCACAGCCCGUUGCUAGGGGUGAGAUGUAUACCAGUGUAUCUGCCCCGUCGGCAGCAAGCGCCCCUUUUACCAACUACCCAGCAGCCGCGCCUAUUGCCCAGCCCGGACUUGGUAACAUGCAGACUUAUCAGAAUACGGCGAGUGGACUUGAAAACGCCUUUGUGCCGGUGCAAAGCAGGGCCCAGUCAGCCCAAGGCUUAUCUACUGCCCCCUACUUUGCCCCUGCACCGUCUCAGCCAACUAGCGCUCCCUGGGGGUCCUUACCAAAUGCACCUCCUGUCUCCAAUCAGAACUUCCCCCUUCCAGUUCAGCAACAAUCCCAUAAUUCUCCUUAUUACUCCCCCCCUUAUUUAGAAGUCUCUAAUCUGGCACCUCAGGCAAGCGAAACUGGGGCACAGCCAGCACAACAGAGGGCAGCGCCAGGGUACUACCCACCUACCAGCGUCUCCAAUCCUACCUUUCAGCACAGCAGUUCACAACCCCCCAGUUUAAACCCGACAGACUAUAUGCAUGGGCAGAAUCCUGAGCAGAACUGGUUCAACCAACCAUACAAGGAUCAGCGGCACCCACCUCUGCCAAGUUCUAACCCGGUACAAUACCCGCCUCCGCAGCAGCCCGAGCCCCACCAGGAGGUGCCUAGUGCGUCUGGUCGAGUCUCAACCAAUGCAGACUCUGGUACUAUAUCAAUGUUUUUUAAAGGGGAAGAAGAAGAAAAUGUGGAAAUCGUUUCUUCCGACCAGCAGAACGCAUCUAUUAAAGCGGACCUUGGUUCUUCUCAUUACCAGAACGCCGGAUAUCAAGGUGUGUCUUCUCUACUGCCGCAGCCGACAGUCAGCAGUGGCAUUCCGGCAAUGACACCGAUCACUUUAGCGUCUGGCGUUCCCCACGUCCCCUCAUCUGCCGGCAAUGCCACCCAUCCGCAUUCAGCUUGGAGGCAGGACACCCUUCCUCUUCGCGAUAAUACGGCUAAACCCAGGGAGAUGCCCUACGACAACGUUGAAAACAUCGAGUGUGUUCAGAACCAGGAAGUUCUCCCCAACGAGCCCAAUCAUUUUAACCCUUAUCCUCCUAAUGUAACUUCCGAUGCGUACCGAUACGGACCAGUGCCUGGGCCCCCUCUACCAAAGAACGUUAGCGGCCAUCCUGAAGUGGGUCCCAACCUAGAGACACCUGACACGGUUGGUUGUCCUGUCCGACCCGAUAGCGUCUCUUCAAACUAUAGCAACCUGAGUCUCAAAAGCCUGCCUGUGCCAACCCGGUCACAAGAGCAUGCUGGGACUUUUAUCCAGAAGGAGAGCGGCAGGCUUGAGGGUGACUCCUCCCACAGUUUCUUUAAGCAAAUUGAUUCGUCCCCCAUGACAGGUGACGCUGUAGGGCAGAAUAUGGGUCAGCACAAGUUCCACAGCAGUUUAUCCCAGCCGCCAACUCCGAGUCCUCCUAAACCCACAGGGAUCUUCAUGACAAGUGCAAACAGUUCUUUCGAACCAGUAAGAUCGCACAGCAUUGGUUUGAAACCAUCGGACGCAGACCAAUCGAAAAUGGGUGGAGAGGGGCAUAAGGUUCUACAAAACGCCUCUAUCCCGGUGGCUUCCCCGGGGAACUUGGAGCAACCUCCGGAUAAUCUGGAAACCAUAUUCUUAGGCAAACGGAACUCUCACGGAACCGUUACCAGUAACGGGAGCCUGUUCCAUUCUGUCGGGGAGCCCCCAUUGGAUAACGUAUCUCUACUGCUCGACAGGCGUCCGUCAUCCAGGGCGCAGGGGUCUAGCAAGAAAUGCGAGAGCCCAGCCACCACCCUGUGGGCUCAAGGAGAGCUUCCGAAUUUCGGAGGGAAUGUUCUGUUGGCUCCUGCGGCUCCUUCGCUCUACGUGCCCCCUAAACCCCAAACGGAAAUAAUUCAGCCCCCCGAAGACGGGUCGUACGAUUCCCGUGCCGGCGGAACCGACCCGGGGAAAUUUCAGGCUUCUCCGGAAGAACAGAUCUCUUCGGAAAACCUGGAGAACCCUCCGAAGAUCGGAGACGAGGAGCAGCUGUCCUCACAGGCAAGUUCCGGUUACGCCAGUUUGCUGUCGUCGCCACCCACCGAGGCACUGCAGAACCAGCCCGUGCUUAUUGCCCAACCCAAUAAGACCUAUAAUUUGGCACAACCCAUUAAUUUUUCAUUGUCUUUACCGAAUCAGGUGAAAAACGUUAAUUCGCUUAAGGAACCGGGAACAGCCGAAAAGCAGGGUCCCCAGAGUUUGCCUCCGGCGGUGGGGAAUUUUAGCUCCAAUGAGAAUGCUCCGUUUUCCCUGACUCAAGGCCGACCCGAGGUUCCUAAUCAGUCUAAUUAUAAAUCUGCGGCUCCUAAUGAUAAAUUCUCUGAAUCUCUCCCCAAUCAGCACUCUGUUUUGCAGCGGCAAUCGUCAGCCAAUCAAGCGCCCCUCAAUUUAGCAGCGGAAAGCCAAAAGGUGCCGAUGGGCGAAAACGCCACCGUCGACUUUGCUAAUAAAACCGCGAUUCCAACCACCGCUCCAAUGGGGCCGCGUUUCCCUGCCAAUCCCAACUGCCGGCCAAGUUACCCAGCGGAGAAGAGCGGCGCUCUAGAUUUUACAGUCCCUCGGGCGCCGCUCAGUUCCGUCGCCAAUAACGUUGCUUUGAGUAACAGUCAGCCGGUUGCCGGAGGGCCGCUCGUUCCUGGGCAGCCUGUCGGAGCGCAGAAUGGUCAGGCCGGCUUAGACAUUAACAAGCAGGGUUUCUACCAGCAGGUCACUAAGGAUGGCCCCCCGCAGCAGCCUGCUAAGGAUAUUCCACAUCACGGUGGGGUGGCCCCGCAGGAAUACAUGGUCCCUGCCUCUCAUCCGUUACCCUUGGUCCCUCCUGCACAAGCACCUCCAGGGGGUAAACCCGUAUCUUACCCUCUCCAAGCUGAAAGCCAAGUUCCAGCUUCUCAGAACCCUAUCGGCGCUCCGUAUAACAGCGCACCAGAACCUGCACCCAAAUACGGACCAACUGAACAGCCCCCCUAUCCAGCUCAGCCUGUUCCUUCAUCAUCAGCCCCAGUGAACCUCAACCACACAGCAACCUAUCAAGAGCAGCCCAGGCCUCCCGCCUCCCAUACCCCACAGCAAGCUGAUCCCUAUUACUACUACAGGUCUUAUGGUGCGUAUCCACAGCCGUACGGGCAGCCUUACCAACAGGUGGAUCCUAGGGCUGCGCCUCUUUAUUAUCAGGACCCCUAUGGAGCUUACGACCCCGCCUACAGGCAGUACAGCGGUACCGCGUACGCAAACCCUGGCAAGUACCCAUACCAAGAGCCGGAACGUCCCAGUUCUAGAUCCAGCCACUGCUCCGAUCGCCCCUCCUCAAGGCAGGGCUAUAGCAGUAAGAGCGACUGGAGUGGCUACUACCCGGGGUAUUACCAGAGCCAGUAUGAUUAUGCAGACCCCGCCCGCUGGGACCGCUAUCCCGCCGCCUACGACCCUGGCUAUAGAGACCCCAGGAGCAACUACUGGAACUAUAUGUACAACAGCCGCGAUGACGCUUACCAAAGGAACGUGCCGGCCGCUUAUACCAGCAGGUAUGAUGUGUAUGAAGACCGCUGGCAGUACGACCCUCGCUACGUCGGGGGCUUCGAUGACGAGCCACAGAGAGACCUUGCAAAGGACGACUUCGACCGGCGCAGCAUCCACAGCGAGCAUUCCGCCCACAGCAUGCACAGCGGGCGGAGCAACCACAGUCGGAGAAGCAGCUUCAGCUCCCAUUCUCAGCACAGCCAGAUCUACAAAAGCCAGCCGGACCUGACUGCCAGCGCGUAUGAACCCCAAAUACAGAAUCCACCCCUCAACGAGUAUUCCUACGGCAUGUACCCCAAUGACUACAGCGCCCAGCAGGGGCUUGAUAACUACUCCUACGGAUACCCCAAGGCCACGGAGUGGCAACCUGUAGAGCAAGUGCCUUCGAGGCCGUUGACUCCAGAGAAGUUUGGGAGCCCCCACGUCUGCGCCAGGUUCGGACCAGGGGGUCAGCUGAUAAAGGUGCUCCCCAACCUUCCUUCAGACGGGCAGCCGGCCUUAGUGGAAAUCCACAACAUGGAGGUCGUUAUGCAGAACAGCGCAGAGCAGGAACAGCUAAGAGCUUUCCCUGGACCUUUAGUGAAGGAUGAAACUCACAAAGUCGACGUCAUCAAUUUUGCCCAGAAGAAAUCCAAAGAGUGUUCCCAGAAUGAGAGCCUGCUAGACCAAGAGUCCGCUUGCCUGGUCUGGGACUUCAUCGUGCUUCUGUGCCGACAAAACGGGACCGUCGUAGGGACCGAUAUCGCCGAGCUCCUCUUGAGAGACCACAAGACGGUCUGGCUGCCCGGGAAGUCUCCCAACGAAGCCAACCUGAUCGAUUUCAGCAACGAGCCGCUGGAGCAGCGGGAGGAGGAGUCGGGGGCCUCCCAGCUGUCCUUCCUGACGGACACCCUGCAGAGCACCGGGGAAGCGCUAGAGAAGGAGACAGAGCGCUUCAGAGAGCUGCUGCUUUUUGGCCGUAAAAAGGAUGCCUUGGAAUCAGCCAUGAAAACCGGCCUGUGGGGCCACGCUUUGCUCCUUGCCAGCAAAAUGGACAGCCGAACGCACGCCAGAGUCAUGACAAGGUUUGCCAACAGCCUUCCAAUUAACGAUCCCCUGCAGACCGUGUAUCAGCUCUUGUCUGGGAGAAUGCCAGCAGCAGCCACGUGCUGCGGCGAUGAGAAAUGGGGCGACUGGCGCCCUCACCUGGCCAUGGUGCUGUCCAACCUGACCAACAACGUCGACGUUCCCACCAGGGCCAUGACGGCAAUGGGCGAUACAUUAGCAUCUCGGGGACUGUUGGACGCCUCGCACGUCUGCUAUUUGAUGGCACAAGUCGGCUUUGGCAUUUUUACCAAGAAAUCCACCAAGUUGGUCCUCAUUGGAUCCAACCACAGUUUAUCAUUUGCCAGGUUUUGCACAAACGAAGCCAUCCAGAGAACCGAGGCCUACGAGUACGCGCAGUCGCUAGGCACCCAGUCCUUCUCCCUCCCCAAUAUACAGGUUUACAAGUUCAUCUACGCCUGCCGGUUGGCGGAACACGGAUUAUCCGCGCAGGCCUUCCAUUAUUGUGAGGUGAUCUCCAAGACCGUCCUGAGGCACCCGUCGUGCUACUCCCCUGUGCUUGUCAGCCAGCUGCUGGAGGUCUCCUCCCACCUGAGGUUCUGCGACCCCCAACUGAAGGAGAAGCCGGAACAGGAGUUAUUUAUCGACCCCCCGUGGCUGCAGCACCUGCGCACCUUGGAUCAGCAGAUGAAGCAUGGUACUGUGGUUUAUGACACGGGCAGAACCACCCCGCAGCAGUUUGCCUGCAGUACCCCAAGCUCGGACAUGGACCAUGUCAGCCAAUCAGAUGGUGCAGGAACAGCCGCUGAUGUACCAACUCAUACAGACAAUCCUUUGUUGGCCAGUCUCCUGCCCAACAUGAUGCCACCUGUACAAGCUGUGCUAGUGCCCGCUGGUCCUGAAAAUCCAGCACCCAUGUAUCCUUCCUACCCAGGGAAUGAUCCCUCCCACCCAGGUACCCCUCAGGGUCUGGCUCCUUCAUCUGGACCUCCAACUCCAGCUACAGCUCCUGGUUUUGUGCCGUUUGGUGGGGAACAGGCCCCUAUUUAUCCACCUGCCCCUCUUCAGCCGUACCUGCCCCCACCCCAGGCAGCAGACUAUGCACCCCCCAUGCAGAUGAAUCAGGAUCCAGGACUGCAGAGGAUUCAGCAGAAUUCCCCCACCAAAACUACCUUCCACGAUCCCGAAGUUGAUUUCUACGGAGUGAUGGCAAAAAUGGGCCCCGGGCAGCGAUCACGGACGGUGUCACAGUCCUCGUCACACAUGAGACGGACACGGACAACCUCGGAGUCCUCUACCCACUCCAUCGGGUCGGGGCGCAGAAGCUCCAUGAGCAUCCAGCCAUCGCCCCCUCCUAUCCCCGAGGCAGACAGGGCAGAAGAGAAGAAGGAACACAAACCUCGCGGCCCAUCCCAAGGAAGUGGUAGAAGUUGGUUUCCCCUGAAAUUUGGCUGGUUGAUGGGAAAAGGCAAGAACGAAGCGCACUUACCUGAUGACAGGAAUAAAUCUAUUGUGUGGGAUGAGAAGAAGCAGAAGUGGGUGAACAUGGAUGAACCAGAGGAAGAGAGCAAACCAUUGCCUCCGCCGCCACCAGGGAUGCUUAAAAAGCCUCAGAGCACCCCAGCUGUCCCAGGGGGUCCCCCCAAUCCUUCCGUCAAUGUAUUCUCCAUCAGAGCAGCGGGGGCAAGAGGUCGUUAUGUCGAUGUGUUAAACCCGGGGGGUCCCCGGCCUACCAACUCUGUCCCUCCGCCUGCGGACUUGUUUGCACCUUUGGCCCCCAUGCCCAUCCCCACAAACCUCUUUGUCCCAAACGCAGUGCCGGAGGAAGCCCACCCUGCGGAAGCCAGCGGGGCAGAAAUGGUACCAGCAGCCGGCCAGAUGGGGCCCAUUAACCCUCCCCAGGCGCAGUUGCCCGGUUUGACCCCUGGGUUGGAUCAGGACGAGGGGCAAAUGGGAGAGCUUUCCCGAUCUAGCUCUCUCAGUUCCUUAUCCCGCGAAGUAAGCCAGCAUAUGGAGCAGGCUUCUGCUAAUAUGGCCCCUGCCUCCGGCCCCCCACCUACUGGCGCCGUCCCCUUCUACAACCCCUCCCAGUUUGCACAACAGCCGCCUUCUGCCCCAACGGGGGGGCUACGGCCUGGACGUCUCGGCCAGAGGAAAUACCCUUCCUUAAAAUAAGGACUUGGCCCCUCCCUCUAAAGCCUCUUGCAUUUCAACGGACAUUUCCCACCCCGGGGGCCAGGGAACGUUUUGCCAGAGGGAUGUCCCUUCCAGCAGCGCCCACUCUGAUUGGCUACCACCCGUACCUACUGGCAGAAGUGGAUACACGUUCCUUUUUAAACGGACAUCAUGGGAGGAGCCAGCAUUUGUUGGCCACGCCUACCAACCUGGAAGUUCGUCGCAGCCCCGCCCUGCUAGUGCUGUAGCGCCCGAGAUCGCUUAUUUUUACUACUGGAUUAUAAUAAAAUUAACCUAAUUUACCAAAUCCUUUAGUAAAUCUUAGGAAAACAAAAAGAAAAAAAAAAAAAAAAAAGAUUUUGCCCCGCCCCCUAAGGUUGAAUACUGUGAUUUUACCCCCCGUGCGUAUGGAUUCCUGUAUAGCCCUCCCCCUCCCUGUAUUAUAGAUUCACCUCCCCCUUUACCCCCCCUUCGUUUGCGGACGCGUGUGACUUAAUUUUUAAGUGCAAUAUAAUUAACUGCUUCCUCUUGUGCUAUUGGCUAAUCUUAAUUCAGUCGGAGGAGGCCGCCGCCCCCCCUCCGCCGUUUUUACUCUGUAUAGUAGGAGCUUUAACGAAGAUCCUUAACGAGCCGCGGUAGCCGACUGGUUGUUUUUGGAAUAUUUAAAUAAAAAAUGUUGGGAAAAAAAAAACGCACCAAACCGUCAGCGUUGCAGAACUGUAACUCUCACCUCUCUGCUAGAUCAUAGGGAUUUCAUUUUUUUUUUUUGCUGUAGAUGUGGGUGUAAUUCACACUUUAACCACUAGGGGCAGAGGAUUCCCUGCACCCUGGAUAGAAACUUAAAAUGAGCCCCGUUGUACAUGAUUGUUCUAUUUAGUUUAUGGUAUUGCGGUUUUAGACUGCCAAUACCAGGUAGCUCUCUUUCAGACACAGAGUGACGGCAUCUCGGUAUUAGCAGUCUAAAAUUGCUGAUAGCUUGGGGUCACCGACGUUCAGUCUCUAAAAGAGAGCUUUAGGAGCUGAAAUCCAUAUAUUAGCAGCCUAAAACUGCAAUUGUUUCAGAUGUAGAAAGCCUAAAAGCAUUAACAGCUUGUGGUCUAUGACUUUGACAUUGCUGAUUAGGAGCAGCCUAAAACUGCUGAUAUCUCUCAGGGUGCCCUGGGACUCUAAAGGAGAAGCAGCCAAGCUUAAAGCCUGGUAUUAGCAACCUAAAACUGCAAAUAUUUUAGGAUCGCUCCCCCCGGGUGGUCACUGAGAGAGCUGCCAAGGUAGAAUCCUGGUAUUGGCAGCCUAAAACUGCAAAUAUUUCAGGAUCGACCCCCUGAGGGGCUCACUGAGAGAGCUGCCAAGGUAGAAUCCUGGUAUUGGCAGCCUAAAACUGCAAAUAUUUCAGGAUCGACCCCCUGAGGGGCUCACUGAGAGAGCUGCCGAGGUAGAAUCCUGGUAUUGGCAGCCUAAAACUGCUAAUAUUUCAGGAUCCACCCCCCCCACCCUGGGGAUCACUGAGAGAGGUAGAAUCCUGGUAUUGGCAGCCUAAAACUGCUAAUAUUUCAGGAUCCACCCCCCCACCCCGGGGAUCACUGAGAUAGGUAGAAUCCUGGUAUUGGCAGCCUAAAACUGCUAAUAUAUCAGGAUCCACCCCCCCACCCCGGGGAUCACUGAGAGAGGUAGAAUCCUGGUAUUGGCAGCCUAAAACUGCUAAUAUAUCAGGAUCCACCCCCACACCCCGGGGAUCACUGAGAGAGGUAGAAUCCUGGUAUUGGCAGCCUAAAACUGCUAAUAUUUCAGGAUACACCCCCCCACCCCGGGGAUCACUGAGAGAGGUAGAAUCCUGGUAUUGGCAGCCUAAAACUGCUAAUAUUUCAGGAUCCACCCCCCCCACCCUGGGGAUCACUGAGAGAAGUAGAAUCCUGGUAUUGGCAGCCUAAAACUGCUAAUAUUUCAGGAUCCACCCCCACCCCGGGGAUCACUGAGAUAGGUAGGAUCCUGGUAUUGGCAGCCUAAAACUGCUAAUAUUUCAGGAUACACCCCCCCACCCCGGGGAUCACUGAGAGAGGUAGAAUCCUGGUAUUGGCAGCCUAAAACUGCUAAUAUAUCACUAAACCACUAAUAGAGAAUUAAAGUUAAGAGAAGGGCUAGUGCAUUUUCUGUUUGGGUUUAGAUAUCUGGGCCUCCCUCUGCUUUAGGCUGGCGCCCCCUGGGGUUGGGAGGGCAGUACUUGAAACAAAGGGGCAGCCGCCAUAUUGUAUUGAGUCCAAUGUACUCUGAGCAAGGGGCUUAGGCCAAGCAGCCUAUGAAAUCCACACAUGACAUGGCGUGACCUUCACGUGUGCGGCUUUGAGGCCCAAGUCUUGGCAUGUUCAGCCCCCUAUGGGUGCUACAGUUCUGGGCCUUGCUGGAUUUCUUAAAUAGGCAGAGUAACUCUGAGCUCAGUGCAUUUCUUAUCUGUGCCUCAGCAGUUCUGCACAAAGGCUGCUGGGAAAUGUAGUCCUUCAUUGUACCUGACUAAAAGCUGUUUAGGCGUUAUAACUGGAAACAAUAGAUCAGCCCACUGGUAAGGGAAUAGCUUUGCUGUUCUGCAUCAGUUAUUGUGUGGGGGGGGAGUAAAUAUCAUGUGCACCCUUGCUUCCUGUUGAGGAAGUGAGGUGUGCAAGAGAAAAUGUGCAUUUUCUGUAGCUGCCAUUGCUUUCUGCUGAUCAGGGUGAGCUUAGUACCCAACGUAGGUGCCCCAGGGCAGGGCAGAUCUGUCUGUGUGUAUCCCGUCGCUGCCCCAGCGCUUUAGUGCGUCUGUGUCUUUAAUUCCAUAGGCCUUCCUGCCAUGGGGAGCUGCUAUUUUCCUACAGAAAGUCUUUUCAUUGGACCUUGUAAAUUCCCAAAUAAAAUAUUUUGCGCUCUUGAGCACUUUCA